GACCGAGCUCGAUAGCUAAUUAGGUCGAGGUUUCGCACUUCUCUCCUCAGAGGGACCUGGAGGAGAGCACUGGCUCUUACGAGCGCGAUGGAGAGGUCUGCCAUGGAGGGCAUCGCUGAGCGGCUGGCUACAAUGGACGGCCUCUAUUUUCCCGGCGGCAUUGUCAGCCCACCCCUUGACGCCUCCCAGCGCAAGGCGGCGCUCUUUGAUCUUAUAUCCCGCGACGCCCCCAUAUUCCUCGAGCGCUACGGCGGCGAGCUUACAGCCAAUGAACUCGGUGUUUUCGACGUGCUGCGUUCAGACUACGAGGUAGGUUGGCACGUCGAUCGCCUUCGUCGGAGCCUGGUUCCGACGGAGUCUGACUCGCGGGCAAAGUCGGCGACUGUGAGGAACCGCCGGCGGGCUUACAUGGAAAGAUUAAUCCGUGGGGGAGAGUACUUCUCCGAGGAUUCUAUGAGAGAGAGGGAGCCGUACCUUCACCACGAAUACGUGGGUAGGUUCCAGGAUCCGGUUGGGAGGGUCUCGUCCCGGCCGGGGGAGAAGUGGUCGGAAACUCUCAUGCGCCGGUGCGAGGAGGCGAUGCUGGUGAAGAAGAUUAGAGGUGAGCAGCAGAGGUUGGGGGUGGCGAGGAAGGAUUGGGUUGGAGGUGACGAAGGCGGGGAGGAGGAAGAGGAGGCGAGCGAAGAUGAUGAGAGUGAGGAGGAAAGGGAUGAGAUGAAUAUAGUUUUGAGCUCAUCAAAGGCCCCAGAGGAUGACACAAAUGCUAAUGAUCAAGAGCCAGCAGAAACCCCAACAAAUGUAUUAUCUACAGAGGAGAUGCAGGAUCAAAUGGACCAGUUCACAUGCGUAAUGCAGCAGAAAUUUCUUGCAGGAGAGGAUACUGAACAUUUAGAUUAUUCUGCUAUUGAUAAUGAUGAGGGGCUUGAUGAUCAUUGGAUUAAGGAAGCCAACCACGAUGCUGAGGAGAAGUACUUUGAUGAGGAUUAGCCUGGACAUUUUUCUACUAUAUUCAGCUAGCAUGGAUGGAAGCAGUCCAUGCUUUCCUGUUGUACAUAUAUCAGGUUUAAUAUUAUUUCACCUAUAGUUUUCUUCUUUAAACUUGUAAUUUAGUAAAGCGUCCUAGGCACUCUUUUUUUUUUUUAUCAGGUUUAAUAUUAUUUCA